AUGGUGGCGGGCCUCACAGCGUCAUGCUCGAGAUGCGUCUCUGCUAGCUGGAAUCUCUCUUCGCUUUCGGCUGCCUUGCCCUCAACCUCAUACGGCCUCUCGCAUCUGCAUACGCUCACCCACAUCCAGCAGCACCAGCAAAGGUCCAACUUCUCCACCUCCAGCAUGCUCUCUGAAUCGCGCAAGAAGCGCACGGCUCGAUUGACGCGCAAGAACAACCUCGACCAGCGCAUCCUCAAAGUGCGCAUGCUCGAGUCUUCCAAACCGGACAUGGUUCUCGGCCACCAGACCAACGCGGCCGGCACCAAGGUGUGGGACGACAGCGAGCUGGCCAAGAUUGUCCUCAACAAGCAGACCGUUUGGGGGGUCAAGGAGGAUCGACGUGGAAACUUGGUGUCGGUCUCGGCCGAAGAGCAGGCAGCAGCGGCCAAGAACGCCUUUGAUGCCUCUGCGGCCAAAGAGGCAACUUCCGUCGGUGGACCGUUGCGACUCAACUUUGGGCUGGAUGGCCAAGACAGGCAGCUGCUUUUCCAAGACUUGCCGCAGGUCAUGGUCAAAGACCGCAUCCUCGACUCGUGGAAUCUCGGCACUCUGAUCCGCGGCACCGCCAACCAGGCCGACAUCUCAGCCUUCGAGCAGGAAUACGCCAAGGUGCAAUCCGAAGAAGCGACCAACAAGCACUCGCUCGCGCGCAUCCUCGACCUCCGCAAUGCAAGCGGCAAGGGCAUCCAGGUGGAGAACAUCCGUCGCAUCAUCGCCCACUUUGGCCGCCCCACCAAUGACACGGGCAGCCCCGAGGUGCAGGCCGCCGUGCUGACCUACCGCAUUCGAAACCUGCACGAACAUCUCCAGACCAAUCGACACGACAACUCGAACCGAAGAUCCAUGUCGCUCCUCACACAUCAGCGCGCAAAGAUCCUCAAAUACCUCAAGAAAAAGAGCCCGCAGCGGUAUCACAGCAUCCUGCCCAGGAUCGGUAUCGAGGCUCGAGCCGUCGAGGGCGAGAUCGUCGUCCCGGGUAAACCCAAGAUCGCCCGUGCCUGA